CACAAGUAUUUAUCUUUCUGUAUAAUCCCUUACAAAAAAAAGGAAGAGUUUUAGAGGGGAAGAAAAAAAAAGUAAGCGUGUGUUUUGGUUUUUUCUUAAAGACAAAAAGUACCAGUCAUGACAGGAAAGAAGAUAUUUUCAUCGAAGUAUGUGAACGUACUGAAGGCCAGUGCCCGGUGGAACGCGGGUGGUAUCGAUGGUAAACAACCAGAGCUGUCGACUGUCAUGAAGCAAGUCAACCCUGACGUCAAACCAUUCUCAGAAAUUCCGGGUCCUCGUGGUUUGCCGUUUGUCGGAUCAUUGUUAUAUUACAAAACAGGUCGCCAUUCCGUGGAGAGGUUCCCAGACGCCUUGAUGGAGCGAUUCCAAACGUACGGAAACAUUUCCAAGGAAAGGUUUGGCACGGAGACCGUGGUGCGACUGUUUGAUCCACGAUACAUCCAGGAUAUGUACAAACAGGAAGGAAAGUACCCCGCCAUCCCGCCACUCAUAGAAGCCUCGAAGAAUUACCGAGAGUUCAAAGGAAUGUCACCUGGCCUAGGCAAUGUGUAA